ACCAUCAUGGAGCAGUUCAACCCCAGCCUUCGGAACUUCAUCGCCAUGGGGAAGAACUACGAGAAAGCCCUGGCAGGUGUGACCUACGCUGCUAAGGGCUAUUUUGAUGCCCUCGUGAAGAUGGGCGAGCUGGCCAGCGAGAGCCAGGGCUCCAAAGAACUCGGAGACGUUCUCUUUCAGAUGGCUGAAGUCCACAGGCAGAUUCAAAAUCAGUUGGAAGAAAUGCUGAAGUCUUUCCACAACGAGCUGCUCACACAGCUGGAGCAGAAGGUAGAGCUGGACUCCAGGUACCUGAGCGCUGCGUUGAAGAAAUACCAGACGGAGCAACGGAGCAGGGGCGAUGCGCUGGACAAGUGCCAGGCCGAGCUGAAGAAGCUUCGCAAGAAGAGCCAAGGCAGCAAGAACCCGCAGAAGUACUCGGACAAGGAGCUGCAGUACAUUGACGCCAUCAGCAACAAGCAGGGCGACCUGGAGAACUACGUGUCGGACGGCUACAAGACCGCGCUCACCGAGGAGAGAAGGAGGUUCUGCUUCCUGGUGGAGAAGCAGUGUGCCGUGGCCAAGAACUCCGCCGCCUACCACUCCAAGGGCAAGGAGCUGCUGGCACAGAAGCUGCCUCUGUGGCAACAGGCCUGCGCCGACCCCAACAAGAUCCCGGAGCGCGCGGUGCAGCUGAUGGCCAGCAGCAACGGCUCCGUCCUCCCCAGCGCCUUGUCGGCCUCCAAGUCCAGCCUGGUCAUCUCAGACCCCAUUCCGGGGGCCAAGCCUCUGCCGGUGCCCCCUGAGCUGGCCCCGUUUGUGGGGCGGCUGUCCGCCCAGGAGAGCGCGCCCGUCAUGAACGGCGUCUCGGGCCCUGAUGGCGAGGACUACAGCCCCUGGGCCGACCGCAAGGCCGCCCAGCCUAAGGCCUCGUCCCCACCACAGUCACAGAGCAAGCUGAGCGACUCCUACUCCAACACGCUCCCCGUGCGCAAGAGCGUGACUCCGAAAAACAGCUACGCUGCCACUGAGACCAAGACCCUGCCCCGCUCCAGCUCCAUGGCAGCCGGCCUGGAGCGCAAUGGCCGCAUGCGAGUGAAAGCCAUCUUCUCCCACGCGGCCGGGGACAACAGCACCCUGCUGAGCUUCAAGGAGGGCGACCUCAUCACCCUGCUAGUGCCCGAGGCCCGUGACGGCUGGCACUACGGGGAGAGCGAGAAGACAAAAAUGCGGGGCUGGUUUCCGUUCUCCUACACCCGGGUUCUGGACAGCGACGGCAGCGACAGGUUGCACAUGAGCCUGCAGCAGGGAAAGAGCAGCAGCACGGGCAACCUCCUGGACAAGGAGGAGCUGGCACUGCCACCGCCCGACUACGGCACGUCCUCGCGUGCCUUCCCUGCCCAGACGGCCGGCACCUUCAAGCAGAGGCCCUACAGCGUGGCCGUGCCUGCCUUCUCCCAGGGUCUAGACGACUACGGAGCCCGGGCUGUGAGCAGCGGCAGCGGCACGCUGGUGUCCACAGUGUGAGGACGCUGACCACGGGCGGCCGCCGCUCGGAAGAGUCCCCCCCAUCUGUGUGGUCUCCGUCGGUUCUCUCCUCUGCUCUCGUUGGUUUGUUCUCGGGUUGUUUUUCUUUCCCACCUGCCCUCUCCCCGCCUUUUGGUUGGUGACCCCAGACUCUGAGAUCCCCCAGGGUCCAUGGUGCUGCCCCACCUCUGCUCCCCGUGUUUACACGCCCCCGCCCCCGUGUGCCCGCUGGGCAGGAGCUGCCGGCGGGGCAGCGGGGGCAGGGCGUCCUUGCCUCUGCUCCGCGUCUGCCGUGUUCACGAUGCACUGUCCCCUUUUGGAGGCUCACCACGAGCCAAGUCUAAAGUUUGAAGAAAAAGAAAAAUCUAAAAAAAAAAAAAAAAAAGAAAAGAAAAGACAAGAAAAAAAAGAAAAAAAAGAAAAAAAGCAAAGAAAAACCGGAAAAGGACUCUUCUUUCCUGAACCACAAAAACAUAUGCAUGGACUCCGCUGUACGUACUGUUAUUCUGCAUCUGACUCCCCCAGCGGACGCUGGCAUCUGCCAGGAAAGGGAAGGUGCCGGGAGCUCCCGGAGGUCGCGGCCCCGCGGGCGCCCUUCCGAGGGCCGCGCGCACCCACGGAGGGGCUCGUGCCCGGCUCGGGGGGCCUCCUGAGGAAGCUGGCCGCUCCUGUGAGGGAGGCCACGGCCCCCGGCCCCCACCCGGCCCAGCAGGCCGGGCCCCUGAGCGCUUCCUUCUCCUCGGCCACCGUCGGAGGGUGUACAGAGUCCAGAGCGAGGGCGUGUGGCCUCCCCCGGCGCACUGGCGGGGCGGGGGGGUCGGGAGCGGCGCCGGCCCGGCCACACUCGGACAUUCCAAAGACCUCCAGAGACCACCCCCACCCCCACGUGUCCUGGAAACCGCUCGGCCCCCAGGCUGCACCGGGCAGGGUGCGGGGCUGGCCCCGGGGAGGGCGGCUUUGGGCCCCCCGCCCGCCCGCGCCCGCCGCCUGGGGGAAGCGGGCGGUCCCCGCCCCCCGACCUCCCCGAACACUCUCGUCUUUCUGUGUGUCUUGCUGACCAGAAACAGACACGCUGGGCUCAGUGGCCUCUUCACACCCCGAGUCUGGGAAGUGAGCGAGGGCACGGCCCCGCUUGGCCCUUCCGCCGAGGGAGCCCCUGUGAAGCUGUGGACGCUCCUUUUUCUGAUGUGAGUUAACAAAACCCUCCGCCCGCUCUCGUGUGGACUAGUGUUUGUGAGAGAAGCCGCUCGAGACACAGACGGACCCGUUUUCUAUUUGAGGAAAAAACAAAGCCAGAACAUGGACCCGUGCGAACAGCCUUCCGUGUUGGUGUUCUCGUUUUGCUCACAGCUCUCAAAUCCAGGGGAUUCCAUGCUCAAUGGAUGAAUGUAGACACAAAACUGCAAAACUUGUAUGAACAUGUAAAGUGCUGAAAAUAUUUUUCCUGUUUUCUUUCCUCUUUUUUUUUUUUUUUUUUUAAACUCUGAAUUGUGCCCUGUACCGCAGUCGUUUGAAUAAAAGUUUUAUUUAUUGCAUUGA